AUGGAACCAUUUUCAUUUGAUGACGAAGAUCUGCUGGAAUUUUAUAAUCUGAAGUCAUUGGAUCCCACGGGUUCUUGGAAAGUUGAUUCGUCUGUUCUUCUUCCAGAUGAAAAUAAACUAGCUAAAUGGGAAUCUGUUGAACUAACAAUGGCUAACUCGUACGAAAUAUUGAAGGAUCUCAUUUCUCAUCAGCAGCAGCUGCAUAAUUACUACCAUAAUAAUAGUAACAGUUUAGGUAAUGAUUUCAAUUCUAUUUUUGACCCUUUGAAUAAUGAAGAAAUGUCAAAUUCUUUCCAAAAAUUACAUUUAGAUGACGAGGCACUUACACACUACAUGAUAAAUAGUAAGAAAUUCAACGUUCAGAAGUUUCUGAGGGAUAUUCACAGUACAGAUUCGUUCAAUGACUUAACUAAAUCUCUGGAUAAUUUAGACAGUAUAAUUAAAGAUCAAGAGGAUAAUUUAAAACAUUUGGUACAAUCGAAUUUCACUAAAUAUGUGAAAAUUAAAAACAGACUUGAUUUAAUCUAUAAACAAUUUUCUGAAUCAAAUAACAGUAAUUUAGCUCAAUUAUCUGAAAAAGUUGAUGAAUCAAUAAGAGCAACAACUUUAACAUUGAAACCUUUAUUGGACACAACAACUAGAAUUUCUAAUUUUAAGAUGGCGAGAGAUUUCAUAGAAGAAAACAGGGCCUUUUUCAACGUACCAAAGACUUUGAAGAAUUGUUUAGAAAGGAAGGAUUAUACAACUUUAACGUCCGAGUAUUUGAAGGCUAAAGAAUUGUACGAACAAUUUAAGGAAUCUGCAGUAAUAGAUUCAGAUAUUGCCAUGCCAUCAGAUAAUGAAGAAGACGAAGAUAGUAGCCGCACAAUUUCAAAUAAGAAAGAUAAUGUACCAAAAAUUGUUGAAAUGAUUUGGUCUCAAGUUGAAAAAAUUAUUGAAUCGUAUAGAAAACAAAUGUGGGAGUCACUAAUAGGAAACGAUAACACCAUGUCUAAAUUAGAAAUUGAAUCUCAGGAUUAUGUGUUACCAUUGAUUUCUAAGCUAUUAGAUUUGAAUGUAGAUGAAAAUCCAAUAAUUAAAUGGCUUUAUUUCAAAUUAGAUUUACUUGAGACAACUCUGGUAAAGACUUCACAACAUUUAUUAAUGAAAAUUAUCAAGGUCCAGAAACAAAUUUUGAAAAUAUCCAUUGAUGAGAAUGAUGAUUUAGAAGGUGUGGAUCUAAGUUAUUACCUCUCGAUCGAUCAGCUUCUACAACUAGAUCCUAUUAAUUUAGAGCUGGAAAAUGGAAGAAACAGAGGUAAUUCUCCAUCAGAUAGCUCCCAUCAAUUAGCAUUAAGUACAUACAGUGGCUUAACGGAUUCACCAACUGUAGUUGAUAUGUGGUUACUGAUUUUAAGAUAUAUCAACGAAUUAAAGCACAUUUGUACAAAAUUUAUUGAAUUAUGGGAACAUGUUGAGAAGUUUUUAGAUGGAACUUAUCAAAGUAUUUUAAUUAAUGAAAAGAAAAAGGAUAAUAUUUUAGUGGGUAAUGUGAACGUUCUUGAUAAUUUUAAAAGAUUCUUAAUAUUGCAGAAGGACCAGGUAAACGAUAUAAGGAAUAGAGGUCAGAAGUUUAUCAAAUUAACGUCUGGUACACUCUCUUUCUUCCUCCAUUCCACUCAAGCAUCUCUAUCUGAAUUUGAUCCAGAUAAAAUAUCCAUUAACGGAUUACACGAAGAGGCUGAAAUGACAAAAAGAAAGGAUACAGGUAUUCCUACAGACUAUGGAUUUAUCCCACCAAGAGCCAAUGGGUUGAGUUGCCUCAGAUAUUUACCUAAAAUUACUGAUUCACUUUUGAAAUUUGUCACUCAACUAGCUCAAUUGAGUAUCAGUCCUGAAACAAUUGAAAUUUCAAGAGAUUUAGCUUCAAUAGCAAUUACUCGUUGUAUUGGUGCAAUUUCCUCAACGAGAUUAAGAGAUACAUCUAAUUUCUAUAAACUGGAAAAUUGGGAUAUCUACAGGUAUGUUCAAAGUCCUGGUGACAAUCAAGAUGGAUCCGCAAUAGAAUACGGUGUCACACAAUUCCCUGAAAUUGUCCUCACUGUACAACAUUUCAGUAUUAAAACCAUAAGAGACAUUGUUUUCUCAUUUGAAAAAUUCCCAGUCCUCAAUAAUGUUUCCGUGGUUGGCUACCCUUCUAAACAGCUGUUAACUGGAAUUGAAUUGCAACAAAUUAUUUCUAUGGAAGCUGUCUUGGAAGCUAUCUUGAAGAAUGCUGCCAAAGAUAAGGAUAAUCCAAGAAAUUCUAAAACAGUCUUAACUUUAACUAAUUUACAGUAUAUCAAAGACUAUACUUUCCCUACAAUAUUGCAAUAUUUUGAUGAUUCAUUCGACUUGAAGUUAGAGACCAAACCAUUGGAAAUUUUCAACUUACUCAAUAAAAUGGGUUCAUCGAUUUUUGGUAAUUACUUAUCUGAUCUUAAGAUUCACCUUAGAGAUAUUCUAGAAGUGAAGUUUCAACAGAUUAACUGGCCAAAUUAUAAAUCAACUUCAUUUAGAAUUAAUGAUUACAUCAUUGAGGCAUUAAUGUUGUUGGUUACUGUUCACAGUGAGUGCUAUAAGAUUGGACCUCAGUUGAUAAACAAAAUUUUAAAAGAGACUCAAAUUUUUAUUUCUAGGUAUUUGUUCGAAGCAUUCAAAUCAUUCAUCGGUAAUCUCUCAUCAGACGGUCUGCUCCAAGCGACUGUAGAUCUCAAAUUCUUUCAAAGAGUUUUGGGCUCCUUACUUGAGAAAGACACCGCUGUAACGCUGACUGCUUGCUUACAAAACUGUUUUCAAAACAAUAUAGACAGAAUGAAUAAAUGCAUCGAGGAAACGGAACCAAUAGUGACUGCCAAUCUCAAAAGAACAAGCGUACAAUUUUCUGCAUUUAGAUAA